CACAUCGAACGCAUGCUCAUGCACCAGCAUGGUGCGAAAUCGCACAACAAAGCGGCCACUGCAGGCGCUUCCAGCUGCAACCCUUAAGCUCAUAUUCUCUUACUUGGAUCCCUUCAGUGCUGCUAUGAUCGAGCGCACCAGCAAGCAGUUUCGUGAUGUUUUCCAGUCAGAGAAUUCGUGAGUGCUUUUCUUAUAGCUAGUGCGCCUGCUCAUGGCAGACCCUACGAGAUCAUACGAAUCCGCAUGACUGGCAUCGAAACACUGCCAGAAGGCUGGACAGAGAAAGCGUUCUUGACGUUUGUUCUCAAAAAGGGAGGAUCUAUUGGUACAGCUGCUGGGCCUGUUGUCUGUUUCAAUUGCCAAUACAAUGCUAAACCUUAUGCACUUCUCAGAACCCGUUGUUGCUUGACCUGCUUGCUUCGCAUUGGACUGUCCUAUCGUCAAGCUCUUGAUUACUUACAGCAGCUACAACCUGGUAUGACAGAGACAGCUGCUCAUGAUCUGCUUCAGUUGACUCCCAACAUGCUCAAUCCUACAUACAAGCGAUGGCGCUUCGACCGAUGUCUGUUCGAACGUGAAGCAAUCACCUCCAUUUACGAGCGAUACCGCGCCUCUGACUUGCCUGUCCUGGAGUUUGCCAAGACGCAACCGCCGAGUCUCCUCUAUUCUUCUCAUGUUCAGCGCAUCGACAAGUGUUGUGAGGAUGGAGCAAUGCGUAAAGCAUGUCAGGAAGAUUUGAAAGAAGGUGUCAUCAUGGCUCGCAAGAUGCAGCUCAUGAGAAUCUUUAUUAAACGCAAAUUGCCUGAGUCUCUUCGAUCAUCUCUUGGUUUGCUGGCAGCUGAGGACAAGAUCAUCAACAAAGUCUUCACCAAGAAGGAACUCGAAGAAAUAGCACCGUGUCUGAAACAACGACUAGAGACCAUCAAGACUCGAGAGGACGCCGUAGCCUUGAAAAAGGGAAUCGAGCAGGAAUUGUUGGUCUGGUAUGGACGUGAAUUGAAAAGAACAUUCAAGAAGACAGCGCCUACGCUCCAUGCUCUUCUUGGUGAUGCCAGCAAGCGAGAUAAUGCUGCCAAAAAUCGACUGAAUGAUGAGAUCAAUUCGAUCUGCAUGGCAUCAGUACUUUAUGAGCUUUGGUUGUAUAUGGACGCUAUCGUCAAGAAGAGAAACUCAAAUGCCCCUCGCAUCGCCUUCAACUUGCUCGAGGCUCACAAGCUGGCAGACGAGGAUGGAAAGCCGACCACGCCAAAUGGCCGACAUUACACAUCACAAGAUCGAUUCUUUCAGCUUCGCUGUGAUACUGAAUAUUGCUAUGGUAAAUUUAUGCCCCUGUCUUCAAUCCAAGAGCUCGCCAAUCACAUCGAGGAGCAUUGCCCUCGCAACGUCAACCAGCUUUGGUUUGUGCCGAUUAUUGAUGCAGAUUCGCCUUUAUUGGCAAUCAAAAAUUUGGACAAGUACUACGCAGCAGGACAGAACGGCGUGACUGGAAGGUUCCUCCCAAUGGGUGCACCGGCCACUACACGACCUGCCGUACUGCAUCAUCGACAUAUCAACCCUUCCCCCAAUCAGCCGGAUUACGAUCGACUGUUCAUGGAGGACUUGAUGAUGCGCUACGAUGAGGAGGACUUUUCUGGUGGAUAUGACUACUACUCUGAUUACAUGUCUGACUAGGCUGCUACUUCUGGUACACCUGUCUGUCCCUAUCGAAUCGCCUCAUUUUCGACAUUGGCAGGCACAACACUAGCAUCUCUGAAACAUGAAUGGCGGAGCUGAUUUUGACAUGGACAAUGGUCACAUUGCUGCGUGAAUCGGGACGAAGAAAGCUGACUAUGUAGCAUCUAGCGCAUUGAUAGGAAUUUACUGACAAGGCUUUCGUUCUGGCAAGCUGUUCUGCUGUGUAAACAAG